UUGUAGCUAGGUAGAUAGCCACGUAGCUGCAUCACAAGCAAUAUCUAUUUUGCCAUAUAUAUUUGUUAAUACACCAUCACUGCAGUGAGGGUGGUGAAACAGCGGCACAGUUUCUGCCCUGGCCUGCCGGAUCUGAGCGUCAGUCAGGAUAGGGAAGCAAAGUGGAGCGGCAGCUGCCGCCGGUGCAGCAAGCCUGGUGGACAAAAUGUCAGAAAGUCCUGAGAAAAGCGUCUCGGUGUCGGCUCAGGAGCUGAAGGAACAGGGCAACCGCCUGUUUCUCAACCGCAAGUACCUGGAGGCUGCUGCCUGCUACAGCAGAGCCAUAACCCACAGUCCAUCUGUCCCUGCGUACUACACCAACCGAGCGCUGUGUUACGUGAAGCUGCAGCAGUACGACAAAGCUCUGACAGACUGCAGACACGCACUGGAGCUGGACAGCCAGUCAGUCAAAGCGCACUUCUUCAUGGGCCAGUGUCACCUGGAGAUGGAGAACUAUGACGAAGCCAUAGGCAACCUGCAGAAAGCUUAUAACCUGGCAAAGGAGCAGCGUCUCAACUUUGGUGACGACAUUCCCAGCGCUCUGCGGAUCGCUAAGAAGAAACGCUGGAACAACAUGGAGGAGAGGAGGAUCAACCAGGAGAGCGAGCUGCACGCCUACCUCACCAAGCUCAUCCUCGCUGAGAAAAAGAGAGAGCUGGAGGGCUGCCGACAGACACAGGAAGACAAGUCAGACGACAGCAGAAUUCAACACAAUCCAAACGAGAUCCACACAAAACAUGACAAGUAUCUCUCAGACAUGGAGGAGCUGUUCUGUCAAGUAGACGAGAAGAGGAAGAAGCGAGAGAUCCCAGACUUCCUGUGUGGAAAGAUCAGCUUUGAGUUGAUGAGGGAGCCUUGCAUCACUCCCAGUGGAGUCACUUAUGACAGAAAAGACAUUGAAGAGCACCUGCAGCGAGUCGGCCAUUUUGACCCGGUGACGCGCUCUCCUCUGACCCAAGAUCAGCUCAUCCCAAACCUGGCCAUGAAGGAAGUCAUCGAUGCUUUUAUUUUGGAGAAUGGAUGGGUGGAGGACUACUGACCAAUGAAAGCAGAGGAAGGGAAGUGAUUCUGACAGUUUCAGAGGGCCUGCUUGAGCUGUAGUUAGUUUAAACAAUCACAUCAAAUCACAUGAUCUGUUAAAAUUUAGCAUCCUGUUACAGUGUGAUGAUCUGAGUCCUGUAGAAAUCAUCAGACAGCUUCCAGAGCAAAAAAACAAACUCAGUUCCUUUAGAAUAACUAAAGUUAUAAUAAGUGAUUUACAGGGAAAAGAGACCCGAAGAAAAGAGAAUAUAGACAACAUAAAGAAAUA